AUGAUACGCUUACUGUUGCUUGAAAGAUUAUCGCAGGUCUAUUUCAAUAAAGUGGCCAUUUUGUGUGGACUUUCUAUCGUUAAAAUAUGGCUACUAAGACGAUCUCUAAUCGAUAAACUAAAUGACUUGGAUAACGAAUUAACUCAAUUAAACCAGUUAAUGACAGACGUAAUCAACAAGUACUCUCAAUAUGCUGAAUCUGCAUGGAAAAGGGGUCUUCUAGACCUUGUUACUACGGUGAAAGGUUUAUUUAUCUUCUUUAUAGAAAUAUGGUUGGGUACUUAUGCUUGUUUAAUUGGACACUUGAUUGAAGGAACUGUUGAUUUCAGUUUGGAUAUUUCUGAAUCGGUGGUUUCCAAAGUCAAUAGUACGGUGUUUACAGUUGCAGAUGCUUUAGAUACUGGGGUCUCUGGACUCCUGAGUUUCAUUGAUCUGCUAGUACUGCUUUUCACAGGUAGAGACAAAUCGGCAACUUACUUGUCUUCAAUAUCUGAGGGUGCAAACUCUUUACGUCUCUUGACUACAAAUAUAAGUGAAGAAGCCCUUAAUGGGAUUGAAAGCAUCAAAUCUAAAGUCCCCGAUUUCACAAAGCUACAUAAUACAACAGAAAGUUUAUUGGGAGCACCUUUUGAUAAAUUAACGUCGAAAUUAAAUGGAACAAACUCAACAUUAUCGAACGCACCAUCAUCAUUGUUGACCUCAUCAACAAAUCAACAUAGCCAAUCAGUUCGGAAACUUGUGACGUUAAUCAAAUCAAUUACAUCAACUGUAAUGGUGCUCUUUGCCAUAGCCAUGGUUAUAAGUAUACUAUGUUAUUCCUUCAUGGAAUGGAUCAAAUAUAGAACGACUACUACGACUACGCUUCCAGUAUCACACCUCCGUGAACUCCAAAUAUGGAGCUAUAUGUCUACAUCCUAUUGCAAUUAUAUCUUUCUUUCCUCCAUGAUGACGUUUGCAACCUAUCUUGCCGAAACUAUGGUAUUAAAUAAGCUUGGGGCAGACAUCUCGAUCUCUUCCAGUGCUAUUGCUAACUCCGCUAAUGCGGUGAUCAGUGAGUAUGAGAACACCAUUAACUCCGAUUGGCUAAGUAAAGUCAACACCACAGCAACAGACAUCAAGCACUCAGUCAAUGGUAUAGUGGGCACUUUGAAUAGUACGCUUAUUCAUCCCUUCAAGGACACCCCCUUUGAAACCCCUAUGUCUACAGUCAUAUAUUGUGUGAUUGGGAGGAAGAUUGAGAAGAUGGAGCUGGGGUUGAACUGGAUCAUCCACAACACCCAGCUUAAACUUCCACAGUAUGAUAAUAAAGAUAACACUGUUCAAUCCAGAUGGAGCACUGUUAUUGGUCAACACAAAGAGUCUCUCAAGUUAGAAUUGUAUAUUGCUAUUGGGUUAAUUAGCCUAUGGGCCCUUCAACUUCCUAUCGGAUUGAUCUCAAGUAUAUGGAAAAGAAAAACCCCCUUGCCAAUUAGAACUACAUCAUUAGUCAUAGGAAGUCCUAAACCGUUGACUGAUGAAGAGAAAGCAGCUUACCAAUAUCCAAUAACCGGAUAUAACAUAUAUCCUUAUGAAAACUCAUCAUCAAGGUAUUCAAAAUAA